AUGCGUCCCUUUUUCUUUACGCUCGUCGCGUCAAUAAGCUACGGUUUGCUCACGGCGGCUGAACCCUUGCUCUCGCCAUACAGUUUGCAUGAGAAACGGACCAGUAUUCCGGCGGGAUGGUCGCGUUCCCGUAGACAUGAGGCCACCUCGAUACUUCCCUUGCGAUUUGCCCUAAAGCAAAGCAAUAUUGAGGACAUCGGCAGUUAUCUGUACGAUAUUUCUCAUCCCAAUUCCCCCAAUUACGGUAAUCACUGGAGCGCUGGGGAGGUUGCGAGCAAAUUCGCCCCUGGCGAUGAAUCAGUUUCUGCAGUCCGGGAUUGGCUAGUGGGCAGUGGUAUUGAAGCAGAGCGUAUCAGAGUUAGUCCUACCAAAGGAUGGAUUCAAUUAAAUGCGACUGUGGAAGAAGCGGAACAGCUCCUCCGCACGGAGUAUCAUGUAUACAGUCAUCAAACUGGACAGGAUCACAUUGCCUGCGACGCAUACCACCUUCCUGCUCAUGUCCAGCCGCAUGUCGACUUUGUACUUCCUAGCGUGCAUUUUGAUGCUAAGCUGUCUCGCCGUUCUGGAGUCGAAGGAUCUGCUCGUGAGGUUGGGCAACCUGGCUAUGGCAUUACACCCAAAACCACAGGUCGCGUCAGCACUGAAGUGACCGAACUCGAACAGUGUGAUGAGUAUAUCACUCCCAUCUGCCUGAGAACACUGUACAGCUUGGAGUAUGUACCCUUGGCAACUGAAAAGAACAGUUUCGCUGUUGUCGAAUACACACCUCAAGCAUACCUUCAGUCUGACUUGCAAUUGUUUGCACAAAACUACUCCCAAGACCUCAUCGGUAAAGAACCUUACAUGGUUUCGAUUGAUGGUGGAUAUGCACAAACGGAGUAUCAAGGUUUUGACUAUAACGGCGAAUCAGAUCUCGAUUUGCAGUAUGGUAUGACGCUGGUAACAGGCAAACAACAGGUCACGCUGUACCAGGCUGGUGAUAUGGUAGAAGGUGCCUCGUUCAACAACUUCCUCGACGCUAUCGAUGGCUCUUACUGCACUUUCGAGGGUGGCGACGACUACAGUCAGGAUUCGGAGUACCCAGAUACUGAGCCGGGUGGUUAUUUGGGCCCUCAGGCAUGUGGUACUGUUACGCCAGCCUAUGUCAUUUCUACUUCAUACGGUUACGACGAAGCGGACCUUACGCCUUUCUACGCCGAACGCCAAUGUGCUGAGUAUGCCAAACUUGGUUUGAUGGGUAUCACGAUUCUGUACAGUUCAGGAGAUGACGGUGUGGCUGGAAAUGAUGAUUACUGCCUAAACCCGAAUGGCACUCAAACUGCUGACGGAAAGAUAUUCAACCCCAGUUUCCCUGGAACAUGCCCAUACGUAACCUCAGUUGGCGCAACUCAAGUUAACCCCAACUCCACAGUUUUCGAGCCAGAAAGCGCUUGCGAACAAGUCAUCUACUCUGGCGGAGGUUUUAGCAACUACUUUGCCAUGCCAGAGUACCAGAAAGAGGCUGUUGACUAUUACUUGACGACAUAUCCCCCUCAGUACCCUGCUGAUAUCUGGAACUCGACGGGAAUGUCGCGUGGGUUCCCUGAUAUUGCGGCCAAUGGUGCAAACUACGUUGUUGCUAUUGAUGGUGAAUUUGAGCUUGUGUAUGGGACAUCAUGUUCCUCCCCAGUCAGUGGCGCUAUCUUCACCAUGAUCAACGACGCUCGCCUUGCAGUGGGAAAGAGUCCCAUUGGAUUUAUCAAUCCUACGAUUUACUCUUCUGAGUUUGCUGGACUGUUCAAUGAUAUCACUACAGGCACUAACCCUGGAUGCGGUACCGCUGGGUAUAAUACAGCACCGGGUUGGGAUCCUGUGACCGGCCUUGGCACUCCCAACUUUGCCAAGUUGGUCGAGAAGUGGUUGACUCUUCCUUGAUAAGAUUAUCAAUAGGACUAUUGGACAAUCGCUCUCGUACAUUUUAGCACUAUUACAUUCUAGUCACUGGGUCGUGAGCUAUGCGGUUAUAACCAUUGAACACACAAGGCAUACCACUAGAACGUUUGACCGU